GCCACCCUCCUCGCUAGUCGAUUUUCCCUUCCCAUCCGCUCUCUCCCACUAUAUCGCGAGAGAUAGGGAGCACAGAAAUAUUCACGUUAGCAACAACUGUUAUACAUUUAUAUUUAUAUCGCGGAUAUAUGAACGAAUUGUAUUGAACGCUGGCGCGUAUAAAUUACAAUUCUAAUGUAAGCCAACGCAAGAUUACUAAAUUAGUUGUUUUAUUAAUAGCUGGCUAGCUAAUAAUAAUAUCUAGGUAGCUAGCUAGCGAUUCGCCUGUUGUCUGUAGCAAGUAUGGGAGGCUAGCUAACUGUAAGUGGACACUAUUUUGAAGACAAGCGUGUACAAGUUAUUUUAGCCAUCCUGCAUUGGCCGCGAGUAUCUGACUAGGCCGACAAUGGCUGCAGUUGUGUUCUUGUGGAUGUGUGGUGGACCGUAAGCAGGGCGGCCACUUGUGAACCUCACCUAUUUACCUCACCUCUGUCUUAUACCUCCUCCCUGACACCGAUUUUACCCUGUCUUUUAUCAUAGAUAUUUUUAAAUGUAUGAAAGCAUGUUGCACAGAGACAGACCCCCUAUAUUUCUACCUCGUCUCAGUCUGUGCUCAUCAGUGUGUUACAGUCGUCUUUUAGCUGAAGGUUUUAAAUGGGGGGUGAAUCUACUCUAUGCCUGGCAUAGUACGGUACUUGAAUUCCCACCCGUUUGUAAGUUAGCCCUGAGGAGCUGUGCAGGUUUAGUUAAUUAACCUUAAGUGAUAAACCAAAUAGCAGCCAGCUAGUUGGCCAAUCAGCCCCCUUCCCCCACGCCCUCCUAGUAGAAUGAACGGCUCUCUUUUAACCCCACCUAGCCCGCGGGCAGCCAACUCCUCCCCGCUGCCCCUUUCACCCUCUCCUUCUCCGUCCCCUCCAUCCCCCUCCCUGUUGCCCAUGUUCCCUCGGCCACCCCCCCUGCCCCCUCCCUUGGCCCAGCCUCACCCCUCCUCGCUGUCGGACACCCCCACACCCUCCCCCUGCCUGAGCUGGACGGAGUUCUGUGAGCUGCAUGCCCGCAUGGCGGCCGGGGACUUUGCCCGCCACUUCCGGGCGUUCCUCCUGGAGAACCCUCACUACUCCCCCGACUCUGCUGCCGCCUUCUGUCGCCGCUUCACUGACCGCUUUGUCCGACAUUUCCAGAGCGAACUGGAGGGAGUGGCUGGGGCGCUGGGUACUGCCCCUGGGAUGGAGGAGGGGAGCUGGGCCCCCCAAUCAGACGCCACCUCCCUGGAAGAGGAGGCGGUCUCUCCCCCCUCCGUCACCGAGGGAGCCUCCUACCACCCCUGUGCCCCAGCCAACCCGGUGAGAGCCCUGCCCAAGCCUGCCUCCACACGACUGGUGUUGGAAACCAGAAGUGGGGACCAAUUUCAAGACUCCUAUGCUGUCACAACGGUCCUCCCCCCAUCCUCCUCCUCCUCCUGCUCCUCCUCAGUGGGAGGAGGAAACAACGGCAGGCGGGAAGAGAGGGGUGCCCCAGUUACUGUUAAACACUUCACUGGCGUCGGCCCAGGAAAUGGAGAAACGACAGCCGAGGAAGAGGACAGCUGGGCGGGCGUAACGGUCAUGGAGGAGGAGGUGGAGCCAGAUGAGGGGGAGGAGGAGCUGGAAGUUUGCUUGGACAAUGAAGACUCCUCCCAUAUGCCCCAAACGCCUGCCUCCCCUUGCUCCGACACAACUCCUCCCCACUCCAAGGGUAAUGGCACCCCGGCCUCGGCAGGAAGCCAGUCCAAAACCAAACUGAAGAAGCGCUUCUCUCUGCGGAGUGUUGGGCGCAGCGUGCGGGGCAGUGUCCGGGGCAUCCUGCACUGGCGCAGCUCGUCCAGCGACUCCCCCCAGAGCUCCUCCCAGCUGCCCUCCAGCUACAGCUACACAAUGGGGGUCCAGGACGCUUGCACCGGCUCUUCCUCCAAGAGGAACUCUGCCACUCAGCCCCCUACACCCACCUCCUCCAUGCCUGUCUCCCUCUCCCUGCCCCUUUCCCUCCCCCACUCCUCCUCCUCCUCCCUGCCCCCGUCUUCCUCCAGCAGUGCCACCUCCCUCUCGCUAUCGGAGGCACGGGACCGCCGGCGGAGCAAUGGCGAGGGGGGAGAGAAGGAGAAGUGGAGCCACCGGCUGGAGAAGCUGCGUCUGUCUCGCUCCCCGCCCCCCGUUCUCUCUUCGGCACCUACUUCGGCCGUGGUGUCACCUUCUUCCGGCCUGCCCCCCAGCAGCAGCAGCAGCGCCACCCCGAGGAAGACGGGCCGGCUGGUGAGGGAGGGAGGAGUCAGCGUCAGCUCCUCCAUGCCAGAUGAGUUUGCCGGGAGCCACGGUGGUUUCCCUGGCUUUUCCUUUGGCCUGCUGCACCACGGCACACAAGAACACAACAACGCUGGUACUGGCUUAAACAACACCUCGUCCACCGCUAACGCCGCUCAGACAGCUGCAGUGCAGCCUCUCGUCCCUGGGGGCACUGUGGGCUGGAGGGGUGGUCGGUGGCACAAGUGCCGACUGGUCCUGAGGGAGAGGGACAAGGAGGGGGAGCGCGGCGAGGAGUACUAUCUGGAGUUCUUCAUCCCGCCUAAAUCCUCCAAGCCCAGGCUGACUAUCCCAUGCUGCUCUAUUGUGGAUGUGAGGAGCACCACAGCCCUGGAGGUGCCUGACAAGGAGAACACCUUCCUCCUGCAGUUGGAGGGACAGGUGCAGUAUGUGAUUGAGACGCGAGACGCUGUGCAGAUGAGAGCUUGGUUGAGUGACAUCCGGAACGGUAUAUGUAUCAGUGAACAGGAGGACAUAGAAGCUGUGUGUGGGGGACCCAUGGACAUCAGUGGAAUGCCAGAAUUCAGUGACCGCCUCUCUCAAGUGUGUUAUGGAGGUGUGGGUGGCUCCUCCCCACUGAUGGACCCUCUCCCCCCAGAGUUACCGCCCCGCGCCCCUCUGGACGAAUCAGACGGACGCGUGGGUGGAGCCGGCCUGGGUACACCAUUUGCGGAGACGCCAGAUGCCACAGGUUCCUUCCUGUUCUCAGAUGUGGCGGAGGCGGUGGAGCACCCUCUGAGCGAGUGCCAGUGGUUCCACGGGACAUUGUCGCGCCUGAAGGCGGCCCAGCUUGUGCUGGCAGGGGGUACGGCCAGCCACGGCGUCUUCCUUGUGCGCCAGAGCGAGACACGCCGCGGGGAGUACGUCCUCACCUUCAACUUCCAGGGCAAGGCCAAGCACCUGCGUUUGUCUCUGAACGAGGACGGCCAGUGCCGGGUGCAGCACCUGUGGUUCCAGUCCAUAUUUGACAUGCUGGAGCACUUCCGCGUGCACCCAAUCCCCCUGGAGUCUGGGGGUGCCUCGGACGUCACUCUCAUCAGCUUUGUGGGCGCCACCGCCGUCCGGCAGCCAGACUUGACCAGCAGACCCCGUAGCCCCCCCCAGCCUCCUCCUCCACCCCUGCCCCCCGGCCGGCCGCCACCCCCAACCCCACCCCAGGAACGAGGGAACGAGACCGAGCUGGGAGGAGGUGGGGGAGGAACUGCAGCAACUGCAGGAGGAGGUGAAGGAGCGGAGGACUGGGAGGAGAGGGAAGCUCCUCUUCGCCAACUGGAGGGGGUGGAGGGCGAAGAGCGGGAAGGAGGGAGAGCAAGAGCCAUUGACAACCAGUACUCCUUCUUCUGAGGAGGGAGGGGGGGUGUUUGUGCGAAAGGGAGAGUGGAGGAGGCGGGAGUCAUAGCCAUUCAUAACCAGUAUUUGUAUUUUGUUACGAGACUGUGAGGGGAAGGGGUUAGGAUGUACUAACACUAUUAAAACACAAGCAUUCUGGGAGAUUCAGCCAGAUGGAGAGAAAGAGAAAACAGGUGAAAGAGGAGAGGGAUGGGAGCACCUUACAACACUAAGUAAAGGUACACUAAGUAAAGGUACACUAAUGUUUAGCGAGAUAAGCUUUUUGCCGGUACACCUCUUGGUACGCUUUUUGUAGACUUUUGAAUCCAUUUAUGGAUGUAGGUAGUGAGAGAUAUCCUCUGAACCCAGCAGUACCAUACCUCAAUAUCCUGCAGACAUUCUACUGGCCAGCAGUACACUUUCAGAGGUAGAGAUGGAGGACAACCAUAUACUUACUAGGUGGCAAAGAGACUAGGCUAGAACCGGCAGGCAGGAUACAUAUACCUCAGUCACUCUUUCAACCUCUUUCUCUCCGUCUCUCUUUUUCUCUCCACUCAUUUUCUGGUUUUCUUUAAUGGUAGAGAAGUGGCCAGAGGUAGAGAGAGCGAUUAUAUCUAUCCUUCACAUAAAAAAAAUGCUUUGUUAUUGAUAAUAAUAAUAAUGAUAUGAUUAACAAUAAUGAUAAAGGAAAUAAUGAUGAUGGUCGGAAAUAAUAGUAUUAAUUUUAUUUUUUAAAUGCCUUUUAUUGUAUGUGGUUUUACUCUUAUGUAAUGCGUAACACUUGUUCCUGCCCCCAUUCGGUUAUUUCAGUUGAAAUUUGUUUGCCUUUUGAAAAUAUUCCUAAGCCUCAUACUCAGUCUUUCCCUCACGCUCAUACAGUCCUCUCCUCCUGGACCUCAUCCAAAUUCAAUUUUAAUGUGCAGAAAUAGAAAAUAAGAAACAUAUAGGGGGGGGGGGACAUUUUUCUACUUGUGCCUUUCUUUGUUAUCACCUCUGUCGUACUCCUUCAACCUGUGCCUGGGUUGUGUGGCCAUGUCCGUCUGUCUGCCAGCCAUUCAGUUCAGUGCCUCUUUCUCUUUUUGUAUCACCCUCCUUCCUCUUUGUUUAUACCUUCACUUCUUCUGUUUGUCCUCUACUCCGAGCUUUGUCAUCUUCUUUUACACGUCUUACCCCCAUCCCCCUGUUCAUCCUUUUCAAAUGUUGAUCUCUAUUUGUGCCUUUCUGUCUCUGUCGCUCUCUCUUUUGCUGGGACCUUGUGUUGACGGUGGGCAGGGUUUUGUCCAACCUGUGUGGUUAGUUUCAGGUACAACCAUUGAAUUAAAUGAUAUGAUAUAAUAUAAUUAUACUGAAACAUUUUGGCCUCAUGUGUUGUUGCUUUGGUUCACUGUAAUUGUUUCUUACUGAAUAAAGGGGAAGGAUGUAAAGGAA